CCACCAAUUUUUUAUUUAGUUUAUAACAUGAAUGAGUUGUACACUCAUGAACCUUUAUAACUACUUAGUAAUGCAAAGGACUUAUUGCAAAAAGGAAUCGUUGAAGGUAUUUUAAAGAUGUAGUUUUCUAGUUUUUUCCAUUUGUUUGUCAUAGCAGUUAUUUUGACUGUAAAAGUUAAAUCAAAUACACUAAUUUGGAAGAAAUUUUCUGUAAGACUAGGACGUAUUGUCAAUUAAUUUAUUUUAAAAAAAUGAAAAUGAAGUAGAGUAGGUAUCUAAAAAAAACGAAAUAACGUAUUCUAUAACUUUUCAGGAUUUUGAUUCUGCCGAAAUGAAAGAAUAUAACCAAUAGAGAGCAUAGAUCAGGAGAAGAAACUUGAUGAAAGGGAAUGAAGAAGAAAAAUGGAAUAAAAAUGAUUGAAAGGGAUUGAGGUGUGUAGGAGGGCGCAGGAAUGGUGGGGGUGUAUUUAGCUGCCUAUGUAAGCGGCCGCUAGGAGCGCUAGCGACCAUUCUACCACCAACCACCCUCGAGGCAUCUCUUAACUUCCCAGCGAAGAUGGUCAAUAAAUUCCUUUGCUGUAUGCUCUUAUUAUCUUCAUUCCCUGGUUUACUGUCUAAGCAAGACGCCUGGGGAAAGCCUGGAUGCCACAGAGUAGGGCAUACCCGUAAAGUUCGCAUCCCGGACUGCGUCGAGUUCGAAGUUACGACGAACGCUUGCAGGGGAUACUGCGAGUCUUGGGCUGUGCCAUCACCAAAGGAAACACUCAUAAGCAAUCCACGGCAAGCCAUCACGUCUGUUGGUCAGUGUUGCAACAUUAUGGAGACUGAGGAUGUUGAGGUGCGGGUGCUAUGCUUGGACGGUCUGAAAGAUCUGGUUUUCAAAUCAGCGAAAUCUUGCUCAUGCUACCACUGCAAGAAGGACUAAAUUUUAAGUUUAUGUUUUCAAAAUUAAAACAAAUUAUCAAUAAAUAUGAUUGAAAAAUUGACAUAUUUCAUAAUACCCAAAACCCCCAGAAAGUACCUAACUAGCGAAAAUAAAUCUAUAUAUGUAUAUUAUUUUCUGAGAAUAUAUUAAGGCAGUUUACUUUAACUAAGGCAACUGUAAUUAUUACUUUAUCUUAUAAUAUUGUUUUUGUAUUAUUUUUAUAAAAUUUAUCUGUGAUUACGAAGGAUUUCGGAAAAUUUACAAGAAUAUUAUUUAUUACUAA